AUGGCCGACACACAAUCCACCUCCAAGCUCGACAACCCCAGCACCCUCCUUCAAUCCGUCUCUACCAACGCCGUCCACGAGAAGAUCACUAUAUUACCAGGACAUGAACCCGACUAUUCCGCCUGUACUUUUGCUCUUUGGCAAGAGGACCACACCUUGGGCAACUCUCUGCGAUGGAUCAUCAUGAAAGACCCUGAGGUCGAGUUCUGUGGUUACACCGCUCCCCACCCCUCAGAACCCAAAAUCCACCUUCGUAUCCAGAUGUACGACGGUCAAUCAGCCGUCGACUGUUUACGGAGAGCGCUCGCCAAUUUGAGAGAUCUGUUGAACACUGUCAACGACUCUUACAGCUCAAGUCUGCGCAACGACAACUAUGUCAAGGAAGAGGAUGUCGAUGUCAAGGCCGUCGUGGACGAGACGCUGCGAGAAAGAGGAUUUGCUGUGGAGGAUGAUGACAGGAUGGACGAGUCAUAG